AUGAGUGAGCAGACAUCACCUCCACCGCCUGACUGGCCCAAGAGACCAAUUCUUGAUUACACGAAAGAUGACGAUCGCGUCUCCAUCUGCUUUGAAAAUGGACCUUCAGAAGCACCAAACAGCAAAAUUUACCAUGUCCCACGGCUGCGCCUGGCCUACCAUUUCCCACGCUUUCGUAAGCUUUUCGAUGAAGAUGUCAGCUCGCGUGGAUUCGGUUUCUGCGAGAUCUCCAAUUUUUGGAGGAAUAAGCCUGACAUUUUCGGUCAUAUAGUACAAUACGUGAAUACUGGAUCGAUCAUUAUCUCAACUCAUGUUGUCCACAAUACAUUACUCUCUGCUUGCAACGAGUGCUCAUUGUCCUCCAUCGAAAAACGCUACAAAGCCGGUCUGAGUCUUUCAACCCUUGCGCACAUAUGGUACCUUGUAGAUUUUCUCUUGAUGCCACAUUGCCAGAAUGUUACUAUUGAUCAUAUAUACCGACUUCUCCCAUAUCACAGCUCAUACUUACAAAGAUCCUGA